CUCCUUGAAGACGAAACAGACACGUUGGCUUCAUCAAUCAUGAACUAUCGAAUGGAGAAUGGGCGUCAAUAUCAUGCAUAUAGGGAUGGCGCCUACUGGGGCCCAAACGACGAAUUAGCGAAAGAAAUUCUCGACUUUGCCCAUCACAUGUAUCUCCUAACACUCGAUAACAAACUUCAUCUAGCUCCUGUAGAGAACCCCCAGGCUAUUUUGGAUGUUGGUACAGGCACAGGCAUAUGGGCUAUAGAUAUGGCCGAUCUAUAUCCCAGCGCUAUUGUCACUGGCACGGAUCUAUCUCCAAUCCAACCCGAAUGGGUACCACCCAACUGCCAUUUCGAAGUGGAUGAUGUCACUCUGGAGUGGACUUUCCCGCCAGAUCACUUCGACUUUGUUCACAUACGCGAGCUCUUUGGUUGUGUACCGGACUGGGAUUUCUUUUUCCAGCAAGCAUACGAACAUACGAAGCCAGGCGGUUGGUUAGAAAUCGUCGAGCAUUCCGUGCAACCUACUGCAGAUGACGAUACGAUGGGCCCUGACCACUUUUACCACACCUGGGGCGCCACUGUCGUAGAAAUGGGCAAAAUCUUUGGCAAGAGCUUCACCAUUUGGGGUGAAAGCAAGGAGAGGAUGGAACGCGCCGGAUUUGUAGAUGUCGUCGAGGUUCCUUACCAAUGGCCUAUGAAUGGAUGGUCUCAGGACCGGAAGUUGAAAAAUAUAGGCCGCUGGAAUCAGCUCCGUUUGCACGAGGGCAUUGAAGGAUUCAUGCUUCGAUUAUUGACCCAGGUCGGUGGGUGGUCGGUUGCUCGCGCUCAAGUUUUCCUCGCACAAAUGCGAAAGGAACUGAAGAAUUACAAAACGCACGCAUAUCUUCCUGGCACCGUUGUCUAUGGCAGGAAGCCGCUUCGCUUAUGAUCUACGAAGAGCGUGUUCU